AGACUGUGGAGAGAGUGAGUAUAUGUGAAGGAGAAGGGGAGGAAACUAGCUGAAGAGACAGAAAAAUUACAGAAGAUUUCAGAAGAUUUGUUGGUACCACUGAGCAAGGUCCACUGAAAUGGCUUUCUUGUUGAUGUCAGUUACUGUUCUGCAUUUGGUGACUCUAGCUCUGCUUUUCAUUGCCACGAUGGAAAAGUCCUGGUGGUCAUGGGGAGACAUUGAGAACACAGAUCUUUGGUAUAAAUGCAUGUAUGACAACAGCACAGAAGCCUGGCUGUGUUCGUCUGCCAGUGAGAGUGAAUGGCUGCAGUCAGUACAAGCGCUCAUGAUCUUGUCUGUGGUCCUCUCCUCCAUCUCCUUCAUGGUGUUCCUCGGUCAGCUCUUCACCAUGUCCAAAGGAGGACUUUUCUAUUUCACUGGAUUGUGCCAACUUUUUGCAGGUUUUGCAGCAUUUUCUGCUGUCCUUAUCUUCACUUUUCAAAGGAAAGAGAUUCUUCAAGAUACUCGUGAACUGGAAAAAGGUCAUUUCGGCUACUGUUACAUCCUCGCCUGGGUGUGUGUGCCUCUCUUGCUUAUUAGUGGCUCACUUUAUGUCCAUCUGCGCAAAAGGGCCUGAUUAUCUCAUUUAAGCUGCAUAGGGACUUUUACUGUUGAUAUUAUAUGCUUAAACUCUAGCUAUUAUAAAAUGGCUUGCUGUUCUGCAUAAUUUAUUAUCCUGGACCAAAUUCCUGACACCUACUUUAAUGUUUUUUUUUUUUUUUAAUCUUUUUGGCAAACAAGCAAUGCGUUGCAACAAUACUUUCUGUAUUUUUCCAUAUUGGGAAACCGUUGCUUUAAUUAAUCGCUGAUAAUUAAAUGGAAUUGAAAUGUUUAGCUGCAUCUGAAUUUGUAUUGUUUCAGAGUAUAAACUGGAAUUGAUAAAUAACUUCUUAGUAUAUAGCAGGGAAGUAGGCAUAGUUGUUUGCUUGGUUAGCUUUAAAUUUAGUCAGUGCUAAGACUUGAGUAUAAAAAAAAAAGCAAACACAAAGGCUUCUUUGAUGACACAGAGACGUAACUGUGGAUGGGUCACUUUCAUUCGGAGCACUAGUUUGAAUGUCCCAAAUGUAAAUGUUAGAACUGGAAGCACAAAACUUUAGACAGAUCCUUUUUAUCCCAACAUUAAAAUUGUGUACUUGCCUCUUUGAACUAUUCUGUUAUAACUGUAUGUAAACAAAUAAAGUAUGAUUUGA